AUGUGCGGCAAACUGUUGUCCACAUCUGAGGAUACUAGCUGGAAAUGGGUCGAUCAGGAUGGCGAUGCCGAUGAGUUGAAUGAAGACUUCGCGGAUGAAACCGAGGGAGAAAUGACUGGCAGUUCGACUCUUGGAGGAGGCAUGCUUCUUGGUCACGCUCGACUGUAUACAAACAUAGAUCUUGUAUUUUGUCGCCACAUCAGGACUGGUCUUGGUUUGAAUAAUCGACGAGUUCGGGAUGAGGACUACCGUUGGGAACCGAAAUCGGCAUGUCUUAAACUGUACGGAGUUCGCGUGGGUCUUAUGGAAGAACUGCUCGAGCUUCUUAAACAACGGCUGCAUAUUCCUAAACACGCGCCUCCCGGAGUUCCAACACCCCCGGUGACAUUUGCGUCACCUGUGUGGUCCGCUUCGUUUCAUCCGACCCGAUCUGGUGACUCUCACACCGCUGCGGUCCUGUUUUCCCAAUCUCAGACCAUAGUUGGCACGUCAACUUCCGUUGCCCCACUGUCUCGUUCGGUAGCUACAUCAUUAGCUGGUAGCAGUACCGCAUUUCACGUUUGUUUGUCGGUUCUCCCCCUUCGUUUGAUGGCCACCAACUCGACCGAUCGCUCUGGCCGUUCCUGCCUCCGCGCCCAACACACCGCACAGGAGACCGAAGAUAUCGCCUUUCGAUUCGAAUUGAUACGCUUCAUAUUUCGCCGGAGCUUGCAGCUAAAAUUCUAUUCGUUUUUGUUCACCGGCAUCGUCAUACCGCCGCUGUCGCCACCGCCACUACCACCGACACCACACAAUAAGUCAAGUCAUGGCUCAUCGAAAUGGAACAGUGCUUGGGAAAUGCACUCGGCACAUCUUUUCCCCACACAGUCUAACAGUAGCAAUGCGCCCGACCUGAACCCGUGUCAGUUCUGCCCACCACCAUCAUCUGACGCCAAAGGUCUGUUUGUUCCUGAAUCUGGUCGUCACGUGACAGAUGAGUCCAUAUUCUUUUGGCCCGGCCCGGAUGCAAUCAGAGAACUGGAAUCGGAUUCGUCCCGUGCAGUUUCAUGCUGUACUGGCAUGCCCAAAACGUCGGAAAAAACAAUAAUAGUUCGUUUGAAAUUGACCUCAUUGCAUUUGCUGAACGGCUGGAUAGAUGCAUAUCAAAACUGCUCUUUGGAUUGCAAUUUUGAUUCAGUUGUGCUCGAUUUCUGUUCGGGCUCGGCUUCUGCUUGGUACCGCUUGUUGAAUACUCUNAUGGUACAUAUGCGCGUGGGCAUUUCCGCCUCGACUAGUAAUCGCCAACCAAUGACGUCUUGGUCCGGGAUUCGUUCACACAUGGCCGAUGGAUGUUGGUCUCGGUUUGAAAAAAGUACUGCUGAGGCGUUCACGGAUCCACUAGAUGCGAAUUUGGAACAUUCCCCAGAUAAUAGAAAAGAACCAGAGAUUCUGAUUCGGAUCGCAUCUGAUUCGUGUCCAUCGGGCUUGCAACUCGGAUUGGACAGCCUGGUCUUCGAUCAAAAUUCCAAUUUGUUAGACUCUCCCCAGUCUGGUGAGUGA